AUGCCUCCUUCGUCCAAAGUGGCCAAAAAGACUCCCAAAAUCGAGGAAAUUUCGACAAUCGGGAAGAAACGUCGUCGCAAGCGCAAGGAGUCGUACUCCGUUCAUAUUCACCGUGUUCUGAAACAGGUUUUUUUCACAAAAAUUAUUAACUUUUUCUCUCAUGGAAUCAAUAAAUUUCAGAAUAAGAAAAUCAAAAUCAAUAGUCCAAAGCUGAAAUAUUCAAGGAACCAAAAGAUAAUUGAGCCAAAAAAACCAAUAAAACCAAGUUUGAAUGGUUGAAAAUUUAUUUUCUGAUUUUCCUUUUGGAGAGAUUUUUUUAUGCUGAGCUGCAUUUAAAUAGCGAAAAUUUUUUAGACUGUUUUUACAUGAAAAUAUUUAAAAGUCUUGGGCGAUUCAGGUCCACUCUGACACUGGGAUUUCCUCGAAAGCGAUGGGAAUCAUGAAUUCUUUCGUGAACGACUUCUUCGAGCGGAUCGCUUCGGAAGCCUCUCGUUUAACGAAAUUGAGAGGAAGAUCCACGCUUCUGCCGAAUGAUAUCCAGACGGCGGUCCGACUUAUCCUUCCUGGCGAAUUGGCCAAACACGCCGUGUCCGAAGGCUCCAAGGCUAUUUUCGUGUGUACUUCCAGCGAGUAUUUUUCCACUUGUGACAAAUCUUGA